GUCCGCCCGCCCGGCCCUGUCCCGCCGCCCGCCGCCCGCCACCCGCCACCCGCCACAUGCAGGCCGCCGCCGCCCUCCCGGAGGAGAUCCUUUGGCUCCUGGAAGAUACUGAGGAGUUCCUGGGAGAAGUUUUGCGGAAUGAGAACCUUAGUGCUGGUGCAAGGGACAACAGAGACCAUAUUCUACGGGGCUUGCAGCAAAUCAAAGCUAGGUACUUUUGGAAUUUUCAACCCCAAGGGGGAGACCAAGCUGAAAAUUACCUUGGACAGGACAGCUCCGAUGAUAAUCACAGUGGAACUCAUGGCCCUUCUCUCACAUCAGAUGCACCGUUUUUGUCAGAUUAUCAGGAUGAGGGAAUGGAAGACAUCACAAGAGGAGCUCAAGAGCUUGAUAAUAUCAUCAAGCAAGGAUACUUAGAGAAGAAAAGCAAAGAUCAUAGUUUCUUUGGAUCAGAGUGGCAGAAGCGAUGGUGUGUUGUCAGCAGAGGCCUCUUCUACUACUAUGCUAAUGAGAAAAGCAAGCAGCCCAAAGGGACCUUUCUCAUUAAGGGCUACAGUGUACGGAUGGCCCCCUACCUGCGAAAAGAUGCCAAGAAAGAAUCCUGCUUUGAGCUGACCUCCCAGGAUAGGCGCAGCUAUGAGUUUACAGCUUCUAAUCCAGCUGAGGCCAGAGACUGGGUGGAUCAAAUAAGUUUCUUGUUAAAGGACCUGAGCUCCUUAACCAUUCCAUGUGAAGAGGAGGAGGAAGAAGGGGAGAAAGAGGAAGAGACAUAUGAUGAUAUCGAUGGUUUUGACUCCCCAAAUUCUGGUUCCCAAAGCAGACCCAUGAUCUUGCAUGGGAGUGUGGGGCUCAAAGAGCCCAUGGAGGAGAAAGAAGAAGAUAUUUAUGAAAUCUUACCAGAUGAAGAGCAUGAUCUAGAAGAGGAUGAGAGUGGUACUCAACAAAAAGGAGUGGACUAUGCCAGUUAUUAUCAGGGCCUAUGGGAUUGCCAUGGUGACCAGCCAGACGAACUGUCCUUCCAACGAGGUGACCUCAUCCGCAUUCUGGGCAAGGAAUAUAACAUGUAUGGCUGGUGGGUUGGAGAACUGAACAGCCUCAUUGGGAUUGUUCCAAAGGAGUAUCUCACCACCGCCUUUGAAGUGGAAGAAAGAUGAAGCCCAGGCUUGUCACAGAGAAGGUGAGAGAGAGAGAAACCUUUGGAGGAAGAAGUUGCUGGUUGCUUUGGCUGGUUUGAAAAGCACGAAUAAACCUCAGAUUUGGU